AUGAGUACGAGUCCGCCUGUUAUUGCAUGCUGGGUUGAUCCUAGUAUUGGUGAAGCUGGUGCACAUUUAGCAUUAAAGAAACGUUUCGAGGGGGUUUCAAAUCGUAUCACCCAAUGGCAUUAUUUCGAUAACGGUGAUCCACUUCGAGGCUUAUUCGACGCUAACCCUAACGCGGCGCUUGUUGUAAUCAUGUCCGGUCAACUUGCUCACCAACAUGUUUCAACAAUAUCUCAUUUGUCGAAUCUGCAUAGCGUUUACGUCUUCUGUGGUAACAAACAAAAAUACCAAUCAUUACCUCAAGAGGAACCGAAAGUGAGAGGUAUAUUUACAUCCGAGGACGAUCUAUUCCAACAAAUGAGCACGCAUUUACAGAGAGAUUUUCCAUAA